UAACAGUUGCUCACAAUCUAGAAAUCAUUCCAAAACACAUCUGGGGCUGAUGCUUCAUUGUAACAGAUGCCAAACCUGAAAUAGCAGGGAAGUCGCAUCUAGAUAUGGCCCGGUAAAGUUAAAGAGAGCCCCUGCCCCAAAGAACUUGCAGUUUAAACAGACAACAUGAGCAAAAGCAUCAUUAUGCCCAUUUAUUCAGGUAGAACGAAGCAAGGAGUAGCUGGGAGACUACCUGCGACUAUGCAAGAAGGUAGAGGCUACGCUAAGAAUUUAGCUCAGAUCUCCCAUGUCCACACAGUGAUCCUUGCUCUUUCUGGGUACUGCCCAGACUAAACAGGCAUGUUAGAGAGCAUAAGAUACCAACUAGGUCAUGCUCCGUGUCCCUCUUAGCCUUUGGAUCCUCUGCUGAAAGUAGACUUGACACUUGUGAUGGUUAUGGUUCUGCAAAAUGGAUGUCUGCCCUCCCCGUUCAGGGCUGUCAUGAGACCUGUGGACUCAUUUCAUCGAGGAAGGUGAAAGGAAAAGACUGACUUCAUAAAACAAAUCUUAUUAAUUACUGCAGUUCGUCUCCUGCCUUGGGUUUACGGGUUCCUCCAGCUGGCUUUAAUCUCCUGAUUUAGUAUGGGAACAAAGAAGAGAAGUGGAGCACAUAAAUCAUGGCAGAGAGAGAGGUGGAAAAUCUUUUGGCAAAACUUGAGAAGGGCUAAGGUGAAGAAGGGAGUAAAUAUUCUCGGCGCAAAGACAAGUGAUCCAUGGCAAUGGGAUGUGAAGCAGGAGGUGGGGAAUGGUGGAAAACAUUCGACCACGACAGUUAUUUGUCAGAAGAUAGCACCAAGUUCAAGGAACAGAAGUAACAGUUUGUUCAACGAGGUCGUGCAGAUGAACUUUGAGAUAGCCAGCUUCAGCAGCCUCUCGGGAACCCAGCCGAUCACCUGGCAGGUGGAAUACCCGCGGAAGGGAAUGACAGACGUCGCCCUGUCCGAAAUCUUCAUCUGCCAGAAGGACCUUGUAGGAAUCGUUCCACUGGCAAUGGACAUGGAAAUCCUGAACACGGCAAUUCUCACAGGGAAGACGGUCGCCGUGCCCAUUAAAGUGGUUUCCAUUGAGGAAAACAGUGCUGUGACCGACAUCUCUGAAUUGGUGGAGUGCAAGUCCACAGAUGAGGAUGUCAUCAAGGUUUCUGACAGAUGCGACUAUGUUUUUGUCAAUGGCAAAGAAAUGAAAGGCAAGGUGAACGUGCUCGUGAACUUCACAUACCAGUAUCUGAACGCCCCCCUGCAAAUCACAGUCUGGGUCCCACGCCUGCCUCUUCAGAUAGACAUUUCAGACACGGAGCUGAGCCAGAUCAAAGGCUGGAGAGUCCCCAUUGUCUCCAAUAAGAGGCCCACACGAGAGAGUGACGACGAGGACGAGGACGAGCGGAAGGGAAGAGGCUGCACGCUCCAGUACCAGCACGCCACGGUGCGAGUCCUGACCCAGUUCGUCGCCGAAGACGCUAGCCCGUGGGGCCAGCUCAGCUACUUGCUGGGCCCCGACUGGCAGUUUGACAUAACAGACCUGGUGACCAACUUCAUGAAGUUAGAGGAGCCGCACGUUGCCAGACUGCAGGAAGGAAGGAUUCUCAUCGGCCAGGAAGUGGGCAUGACGACAAUGCAGGUUUUGUCUCCUCUUUCUGACUCCAUUCUGGCAGAGAAGACGGUGACAGUGCUUGAUGACAAAGUGACUAUCACGGACCUGGGAGUCCAGCUAGUGGCUGGGCUGUCGCUCUUCCUUCAGCCAAGCGCAGCCAGCAGCCGAGCUAUCGUUGCUACAGCCAUCGCCCAGGAGCUGCUUCAUACUCCUAAGCAGGAAGCUGUGGUGAGCACCUGGAUCCAGUUCAGCGACGGCUCCGUUACCCCACUAGACAUUUACGACCCGAAGGACUUCUCCCUCUCUGCCGUCUCACUGGAUGAAUCCGUUGUUUCGAUCGGUCAGAGCACAGCCUUGAAGUGGCCAGUGGUGGCAGCAGAAGGUGAAGGGCAGGGGACGUUGAUCAAAGUCGACAUGAUGAUUUCCGAAGCCUGCCAGAAGUCCAAGAGGAAAAGCAUUCUGGCCGUGGGCAGUGGCAGCAUCAAGGUGAAGUUUGGGCAGAACGAUGCCAACCCCAUCACCGGCGGCGAUUAUGAUCCCGACGAGAUUGAAAAUCACGCAAGCGACCGGCGGCAAAAGGCGUCAGAUCAAGAGCGGUAUGGCCAGGACGGGCGAUAUUAUGGGAGCUCUUCUUCAGAGCGAGAGGAAAGCGCUAUCAGAAAAGUCAGCACCACAGCAAAAUCCAUGAUCAAAAAUAAAGUCGUUAAAAACCGUCUGGAUGGAGGCAAACUCUCAGACGACGGCCAACUGCAGAACAUCCCUAUAGAUUUUACCAACUUCCCUGCUCAAGUAGACCUCCCCAGAAGCAAUGGGGGCAUGGAGGAGGAUGACCUGGUGCAGACACCCAGGGGCCUUAGCGAUUUGGAGAUCGGGAUGUAUGCCCUGCUGGGGGUCUUCUGCCUGGCGAUUUUAGUCUUCCUAAUAAACUGUGCAACAUUCGCACUGAAAUACCGGCACAAGCAGGUUCUGGUGGAAGGACAGACCAGCAUGACCCACUCCCAUGACUGGGUCUGGCUCGGGAACGAGGCGGAGCUACUGGAGAACACGGCAGAUAUGUCGCCUCAACCGGACGAGCACACCACUAUCAUCGACCGAGGGCUCGGUUACGAGGAAAGCAACCAUCUCCUCAACGGUAGCACUCAAAAAAACAUUCAGACCCAGAUCCAUAGGUCUGCUGACUCAGGGGGCAAGCAUGGGAAGGAACAGAAAACUGAACCACUGCAUUCCCCCACGUCCAAAAGAAAGCGGGUAAAAUUCACCACGUUCACCACCAUCCCACCCGACGAUGGUUGUCCCACGGUCAACUCACUCUUAAGUAACAAUGAUGAUGAUAUUAAGUGGGUGUGUCAGGACAUGGACCUUGGGGACUCCAAAGAGAUAAGAAACUACAUGGAAAAGUUCAAAGACAAAGUGUAGCUCCUCUCUGGUUUCAUGGGUUUAACCACACCGUGAUGCCUUCAGUUCUACAGUCUGUAUUGGGACAGGAAGGUGGGCGGGGGAGGGAAUCCCGAGGAAACCACAUGACAAGGCCGUUUCCAAAAUCAGGGAAGGGAAUCUGCCAAACUGUCCGUGAUUCUUCCCCCCAUGCGAUUGAUCUAUCAUUCAUAGAUUUAAGAAGGAAGUGGAAUAUAAGUAACAGAACAAGGAAAUGGAUUGACCAAUAUGACAAACUGGGCUAGGUGAGGUUGUAAAAAUCAAUUUUAUGGGUCAACACCAUAAUAACAGCAGUAUUACAGAUGAGGUACAAAAAUAUUUGUAUAAAGAGAGCGGGGGCGGGAAAUAAAACAAUAAAAAAGAAGCAAAAAAACCCCACCUGGUUUCUAUUUGUAAUAAAACAUCAGAAAUAUUGAGGUGUGGCCCACAAAGAGAUGUUUUAGAGUCUUACCCAAGCAGUUGCUUUCUAUUUCUCCAUCUGAAAUGAAGACAUGCCCUUGGUAUUAAAUUAGGAGGAAAAAGAGAUUAUCGGAUAUUUGUAUUUCUACUUUUUUAUUUGCCCCUGUGCUGGAACUGCCCUCUUCAUAUUUUAUUUUGAAUCAAGUCUUUUUUCAUUUGAAUCCAGUUCUUAAUGGACCAAGAAACAUUUUAUUCCUAAAUUGGCUUUAAAUAAUCUUCCUUGUCACCUGAAGAGCUCAGAGGAUGAGUCCCAGCAUAGUGUCUCCUCUAAAAGCAUGAUCCUCAACCAGACCCCCUACGUAGACACUUAUUCUGCUUCAAGGAGAUUCGAAAUUUGCUUUCAGGUUUGGGCUAUUUGCAUUUCUGUCUUUUUUUUUUUCAAAUAAAAUUUCUACAACCAAAGUUCCCAUGUUUCACCAGGGGAAAAAGGUGCUGUUCUAUGUUUGCAUUUAAAAAUAACAGCCAAUGGGAAUGACCUUACCGUACAUAAAAGUGAGACCGUCCAAGGCCAGAUAGGUGCCCUGAUUUGUAUCCUUUGCUGUCUCCAUAAAUGUAUAACUCGCUCUGUAAUUUGUUCUGCUCGUUGUUUGAGUAUCACCAGUUCUUGUCAGAUGGGAUGAAAGGCUGGGAACCAUGCUUACAAAGAGAUUGUCCGAAAAAAAUUGGUUUCUCUGUAUGGCGAGAGCUGGACUGUUAGGCUGAUGAUAUCAUUUUAAAGAGAUAAAAAUGCAAAUGAACUGGGAUCAAGCAAUAUCAGGCACUACUUCCUAUUUUUUAUCGUUGGACUAAUUCACAGGGAAAAGUCUAGGUUAGAUUGUAAAUCAGGUCUUUUUACUAAGAAAAUACGAGUUCGGUCAUGUGUCUGAAGAAGAUCCUCAAAUACAAACACACACAAAUCCUCAAACAAAUACCAAACCACAGUCUGCCAAAACCAGUUUUGAUUUCAUGGAAGCCAUCACAUCUGUCCUUUUUGGAAAGCAGUGUUAUGUCUUGACUGUCAGCAGGGGGCAUUUGCAUUGUCUGACAACCCCUGUCUUGACCCAUUUACUCCAAUAUAUAUAUAUUUUUAUUACUAAACUCAGUAGGUUUCUUCCCCCCCCCUUUAUUUGGAGAAAAUGCACCCUGCCACUUGAUAACAUAGACGGGCGUUUUAACAAGAUAUGCCUAGUAUGCAUUGUAGACUGAAAGAAUGUAAUAUUUAUUUAUACAUGUUAUACAAAUUGUAAUUAAAAUGCUUUACAUGGCUUGACAAGUUAA